GAACAGUUGUUAGUUUCCGGGACGCACUUUUCCGCUCAGCUGUGCGCGUGAGUGUCAGAUUCCUGUAACUAUUAGUUAUCGAUUAUUGGAAGAUUUCUCAAUCUACUUCAGCUGCAGCUGGAUACGAUCCUUCGAGAACAUGAUAAAAGCCAUUCUGAUAUUUAACAACCAUGGCAAACCACGACUGUCUAAAUUCUACGAGCAUUACACUGAAGACACUGAGCAGCAAAUAAUCAGAGAAACGUUUCAUCUGGUGUCCAAAAGGGAUGAGAACAUCUGUAAUUUUCUGGAAGGCGGACUCUUAAUCGGGGGAUCGGAAAACAAACUGAUCUACAGACACUAUGCCACGUUGUACUUUGUGUUCUGUGUGGAUUCAUCGGAGAGCGAGCUGGGCAUUCUGGAUCUGAUUCAGGUGUUUGUGGAAACGCUUGACAAAUGCUUCGAGAAUGUGUGUGAACUGGACCUGAUUUUUCACAUGGAUAAGGUUCACAAUAUCCUGGCAGAGAUGGUGAUGGGUGGGAUGGUUCUAGAAACAAACAUGAGUGAAAUCAUCACACAGGUGGAGGCCCAAAAUAAGAUGGAGAAAUCAGAGGCUGGUAUCGCGGGGGCUCCAGCACGUGCCGUGUCAGCUGUUAAGAACAUGAAUCUUCCAGAGAUGCCCAAGAACAUCAACAUCGGGGACAUCAGCAUCAAAGUGCCAAACCUGCCAUCGUUUAAGUAGUGCACUAGAGUGAAUGAACUGUGUUUACAUCUCUCGCACACACACACGCACACACGAAGAAUUUGUGGACUCUCCUCUGCUGCAGUGUUUGGAGAUUGUGUGCGUGCGUGUGUAAUAUCAUUAGAGAUAUUAAGUAUUUAUUGACUUCUUUGCUGCAGUGUGUGUGUGUCACUCCUAACAAACAUUCCAUUACGGAAAAUCUAAAUGAUGCUGUAUAUGGUGAAAAUAUAUAGCUGGUCUUAUACUGUAUGUAUUCAGAGUAUUUUAUAUAUUAUUUGUCUUAAGCAAUUAGUCUUGUGUUUGUUUUAAUUGCUGCAUCUAUUUCAUAUUUUGCAACAAAAUAAAGUGGCUGAUUAUUUUUUUCUUGCAA